CUUGGCUCUGUCGUCAACUGUCCUCUGCCCGGGGACGCCUGGCACAGGCGCCACCGGUCCCUCACCAGGCGGGUCCUGCCGCGCUCAGCCCUCGCGGGUGGGUCGGGGCCCGGGGCGGGCCGGGGCUGCGGCCGGUGGCACACCGUCCCGGCGGCGCCGUUUCCGGGAGGCGGCGGGGCCGCGGGCAGGUGAAGGAGGCGGUGGCCGCGGCGCUGCCCCUCAGCGUGGUGGCUGCCGCCGGGGCCGCUAUGAGGCUGCUCUUGCUGGCGUGCCUGCGGGCACAGACCGGCAACGCGACCACCGCGGCCAGGAUACGGAAUCAUCUAUGUGCUGCAGGUCAUGUCUGUGUUCUUAAAGAUGCUUUCAUGUAUGAAAGUCCAACAGAAAUAGCAAAUCUAACCAUCACAGACAAGUUUGAUGCAGCCCUGGCCAUUCAUCUUUAUAAAGGAGGCAGACUUCUGCAAGAUAGCAGAAUUCCUUUUGGAAUCAUCUUUGGGGGGACAGAUGUAAAUGAAGAUAUCAAAUGUGAAGAGAAACAUCGGAUAAUGGGAGCAGUGUUAAGAGAAGCCAGGUUUGCAGUAGCUUUCACGAUGGAAAUGAAGGAACUGGCAGCAGCAGAGUGGCCGGAUGCUAGGAAGAAAAUAUAUGUCCAAACUCAAGGAAUUAAGACUACACCCAAUGAAACAUUUGACUGGUAUAGAUUUCUACAAAAUGCAGCAGGAGUGCUAGCAAGGCUUGAGAAAGCAACAGACAUUCCUACAGAUACAGGCAGUUUACAUAUGUUUCUUUUGAUAUGCGGACUUCGAAGAGUCAAAGACCCUCUGCAUUUAGUAGAUGUAUUUUCAGAUUGGCACAGAAAGGAUCCCAGUGUCCACCUGGGCAUAAUUGGACCUGCAGUUGAUCCACUUUUUACAAAUGAAGUUAAGGAAAAAGUUAAAAGGGCACCUGGAGUAUAUUUAUUACAGGAGAUGCCACAAGAUGAUCUUCAUGCUGCUAUGAAAAGGUGCUUUGCUGUGGUGAACAGCUCCAUUUCAGAGGGGAUGUCUGCUGCUAUUCUGGAGGCAAUGGAUUUAGAUAUUCCAGUGCUGGCAAGGAACAUUCCUGGGAAUGCAGCAAUAAUAAAACAUAAGGAAACAGGACUGCUAUUUUCAAAUCCCCAGGAGUUUGUUGUGCUGUCCAAGAGUUUGAUGAAUGACCCCAUUAUGGAAAGAGAAAUUGUAACAAGGGCCAAAGACUACGUGAAGAAACAUCAUUCAUGGGAAAGUGAAAGAAAAGCCUAUCAGAAUCUUGUCCUAAGGCUCCAGUGAAUUGCAUGACUACAGUUGAUAGCCAGCAGUUUGUGUAGAGCACUUUAACGAUGGAUAUGUAAUUAGAUUUGGGUUUCUUUUGGUUUCUUUCUAGAAGAGAUAGUAAGACAUACAUUAUUAUUCUAUUCAAACAGACCAACAUCACAAGAGUUGCCUGCUACUUCAAACUAUCAAAUUUAUCUAAUUCAGCACACUGUCUCUAGUGUACCGAUUCAUCACAGACCGGUAUCAUUUUGUAAGAUCACACAGGAGAAAUACAGUCCUUGAGCAGACACAAAAUUUUUAUUUGUGAGGCCUCAAAGGGAGGAUGAUUUCUUGUACACGGUGGAGCACUCCACUACACAGAGCUUACAUCACAUGUUCUGAUCAUGUUGCAUCCUAACCAAACCACAGUAGCAGUUUUCUUUCCAAUUAUACCAAUCUGAAUGUAUUCUGAUACGUGACAUGCACAUAUAUGUUCAUAAAGCCAAGAUUAGUUAUAUAAACAGAAUAUAAAAUUAUUAAGAUAAAAUUUCAAGACUGAAAGUUCAACAUAUCUGUUGAUUGCUUAAUGAUCAGGGGGCCAAAAAGCAAAUGGAGUGUUGUUGCUUGGGGAAAGUGAGGAGUAUAGGGCAUGUCUUAUACUGCCAUCUAAGUACCUGAAUUGCUUUCAGAUAAGCUGAUAUGGCCAAGUAGUCCUAGGCCUGCAUUUUCUCUUGGGUCCUGAGACUAGAGCAGGAAGGUUGGCACAGCACCCGACAGCCGUACAUGGCUUCAGAUUCCAGAACUGCACAGUGCACCCACAUCAGCAAGACGUGCUUGCAGACAGAGGUGCUUUUUUACGUAAACUACCUCUUAGUUUACCAGUUUCUUUGGUACCUCUGUGAUUUACUUAUUUACUAAAAGAUUUAUGAGAGCUGUAAAAAGGGAUGAAGUGUGGGGGAGAAAAGGUAUUUUCAAUUUACUAUGUAUUUUGGUACUGCUCUUUCUUGUUUGUGGCUUUCAGGAUGUAUUGUAAUAUGCUGCAGCAGGCUGUUUUAAAGAAAGACUUAUCUGUGCUUGAAGUUCAUACUAAUCAUUCCUGCCAGCCCAGUGAUUAUGGACAUAUAUUUGAAUCCCUAAUUGGUCAUCAAAGGACUUAUAUUUACAGAAAAAAAAAAAAAAAAAAAAAAAAAAAAAAAAAGAGGGUCAUAUUUUUAACUACUUGUUAAUAAGAAACUCUGUUUGCUUUGUAUAGGCUUGAUCCUGCCCCCAGUGAGAACCAGUGAGAUGUUUUCUAUUGAUUUUAAUGGGUGUUGUGUCAGAGUUUUCUUUGUAAUAAUGAAGUUCACUCUAUUUUAAGCUUUCCUCUUUAUUUUUCAUGUUUUGCAACUAUUGGGACAAUAAAUAAGAAAGUAA